CAUCCCUUUCCCACUUGCUCCCACUCUCCAGCUUUCCCGAUCCUCCCCGCUUCUGCUUUCCCAGUCUUUGCAAAUCUUCAGCCUACUCUUCCACUUUUUGCACAUCCCUUUGCCCCCCUCCCCUCUUCUUCCCCCAAUGCUCACGUGACGAGGCAAGGGAGUGUUUCUGAGGCACUGCACCAACCGGCUGAAUGGCCUCCCACGCUGCUACUCUGUGAUCCGGUUGAAACCUUUUCUCCUUAUGUCUCAAACGUUAUCUGUGGCUUUGCCGGUGACUUCCCAGCCCCGUGUGUGUGUUCCCCACAACUAGAAAGGGAACCCUGCUCUCUGUACCUGAGCGACUGGCCUCUGCGCGUGCUCGCCUUCCCUCAUGUAAGCACUCGCCUCCGUCUCUUACACUGUCCCCAUUCUCAGCUUGUGGCUGGCGUCUUUGCCCACGCUGUGUGUCACCCAUCUCCUGACCUGGUGGCGUGUGGAGUUUGUGCUCUGAGAUGUUUGGCUGCAUCGAGACACAAAACAAGGAGGUGCUCACCGUUGUCACCUUGGCGUCCGAGUGUCGGAGCCACGAAUCAAUGGUUCAUCCCAGCUGUGAGGGGUGACAUUCCGCCCGGAUGUGCUGCCUACGGUUUUGUGUGUGAUGGGACCCGUCUGCUGGUAUUUGGAGGCAUGGUGGAGUAUGGAAAGUACAGCAAUGAUCUCUUUGAACUGCAGGCCAGCCGGUGGGAGUGGAAGAAACUGAAGCCCAAACCGCCCAAGAAUGGGUCGUUGCCGUGUCCACGCCUAGGUCACAGCUUUUCCCUGGUGGGGAAUAAAUGCUACCUGUUUGGAGGCCUGGCCAAUGACAGCGAGGAUCCCAAGAACAACAUUCCACGUUAUCUGAACGAUGUUUACAUAUUGGAGCUGAGGCCCGGCUCGGGGGUACUGAGCUGGGACAACCCCAUCACCUACGGAGUGCUGCCCCCCCCACGGGAGUCUCACACCGCCAUCAUCUACACCGAGAAAACUCUGAAGAAAUCCAAGUUGGUCAUCUACGGAGGCAUGAGCGGUUGCAGGCUCGGAGACCUCUGGACAUUGGACAUCGAUACACUAACGUGGAACAAACCGAACGUGAAUGGUGUUUCCCCACUCCCACGGAGUCUGCACUCGGCUACCGUAAUCGGCAAUAAAAUGUAUGUAUUUGGAGGCUGGGUCCCGUUGGUCAUGGAAGAUGUGAAGGUAGCCACUCAUGAGAAGGAGUGGAAAUGCACCAACACGUUGGCUUGUCUCAAUCUGGACACGAUGACCUGGGAGCCGGUUGUGAUGGAGACGCAGGAGGACAACCUUCCCCGAGCUCGUGCAGGCCACUGCUCGGUCGCCAUCAACUCGCGGCUGUACAUCUGGAGCGGGAGGGACGGAUACCGCAAAGCCUGGAACAAUCAGGUGUGCUGCAAGGACCUGUGGUACCUGGAGACAGGUAGGCAGGAGCAGACUGCAACCCUGCUCCCUCUAACACUCCACUCUCCGAACAAUCUCCAUCUGCCCUCUAACAAGUCCCCAACCCACACUCUCCCCUCAGUUUCUCUCUCCCUGCCAGGUCCGACGGCCGUUCUGCGGGUGGCCUCUCCUCAGGCGCCCACCGUCCUGUCGAGUGGGAGCUCCCUGAUCGCCGUGCGGCCAACAGGGAACCAGGGGAAGGUGCCGGUCCCCGUGACAACGCUGUCUAGUGGAGUCCACAUGGUAGUGUCAGCCCAGGGCAGCCAGGGCAUGACCAUCGGAGGCGCGACGCAGAUGAGUGGGAUGGCAGCACUGGCGGCUGCCGCAGCGGCCACGCAGAAGAUCCCUCCGACCACCAUCUCCACCGUGCUCGGCGUGCCCGGCUCGACCAUGAUCAAGACGGUGGCCGUCGCUCCCGGUUCCACGCUGCCAGCUACUGUCAAGGUGGCAUCCUCCCCCAUCAUGGUGAGUGCCGCUGUGUUGGUCAGCCUGGGCCGGCAUCAGCAUUUAUCCGCGACAGGAGCAUCCCUUAUUGCCCCCCACCCCCCCCCCGAUGAGCAGGUGGUGGUGAGCCGCCCCUUGACCAGCAGCAAACCUCACCCCCCCCCCCCCCCCCCCACCCCGGGUGGUACCCCAGGGGUCACGAGCAAUACUGGCAUGAAGUCUCCGAUCACCAUCUUCACCACCAAGGUGAUGUCAACGGGCACCAACAGCCCCGCCAAGAUCAUCACCGCUGUGCCAAAGAUCAGCGGAGGAACAAGCCAGCAGGGGCUGACACAGGUAUUACUAAAGGGAGCCCCGGGGCAACCGGGAACCAUUCUGCGCACCGUCCCGGUCAGCGGUAUGCGGUUAGUGACACCGGUAUCGGUCUCGGCAGUGAAACCAGCUGUCACCACGCUGGUAGUUAAGAGCACGACGGGUGUGACCACCUUGGGCACGGUGACGGGCUCUCUCGGAGGGGCUGCUGGCGUGGGCGCCCCCACCAGCCUGGGCACCUUCUCCAGCCAGCUGAUCAACUCGGCGGUCAUCACCGUGUCGGCCGCUCAGUCCGGCCUCGCCACGGCCAGCACGCCAACCGUCGCCAUGCAGGCUGCGUCAGAAGCCACACGAGUCACAUUAAUUGCUGCGCCCACCGGGGUGGAGACGUCAUCAAUCCAGGAGUUGCCCGUCACCAUCCUUGCCUCCCCUACAAUGGAGCAGCCCUCACUGGUGCACGUGCCUGAGAGCGGGCAGACUGAGGGCCAGGCGUCCGGGAGCCCGCCCUUGGUUUGCUCCAACCCUCCCCACGAGACGUCCGAGACCAACACCACCAAUACUGCCACGACAGUCACUGCCAACAUGGGCGCCAACCAGGUCCAGCCUCCGCCCACCAACGCGCAGGGCCUCCCGGAGACAGUGCACGGGGAGACCGCGACAGCGGGCACAACCAACACGGCAACCACGGUGUCUGCAGCACAGACCGGGGCUAACACCACGGUGACACAAUCUACUCCAGCUCCCGGGCCCUCCAUCCCGGGCGUGGCGAGGAUAUCGGAAGGCACAGACGUCACAACGUCGACGGAACAGCCCAGCCCCUCGACCGGCGAACAGCCUCUGGCCCCAGACCCAGUCUCUGGCCCCCAGUCGGCUCCAGGGGAGAAGGCAGUGCCGCCUGGCUCAACGGCAGAGAGCGGGCCCCCACUGCAGACCGGCGAGGGCACAGCAACCGAACAGCUGGCACCCCCCCAGGAGCUGAUGGCGGACGCGGUGACAGGGCUGACUCCAGAAGAGCUGGCAGUCACAGCAGCUGCAGAGGCAGCCGAGCAGGCAGCUGUCUCCCAGGAGGUGCAGGCCCUUGCCCUCCAGGCUGUACUGCAGGCUGCCCAGCAGGCUGCGAUGGGUUCCGGGGAAACGAUGGAGAUGCCAGAUGCGAAGCAGCAACCGGCCGAGACGGAUUUGGCCCAGCUGAGUGCAGUGCCCAGCGAUGCCCAGCAGGCAGCGCUCCCACUGGCCGUGCUGGCUCAGCAUGAUCUGGCAGUCCUGGUACAACAGCAGCAGCCGCAGCAGCAACAGCAGCCACAGCAGCUCCUGUCAGCCGGGCCCAGUCAGCCCCAGCUACCCACUGAAGCCCUGGCACCCGCAGACAGCCUCAACGACCCCUCCAGCGAGACCAACGGGCUUGGCGAGCUGGCGGUGCCCACCGUCAAUGUUGGCACCCACCCGCUCCUCCCCCCAACCACCACAGAGGGCCUGGCACCGUCCAGCUCUCUCGCCUCUCCGCAGCCGGUCUCAGCGGCGAGCCCCAGCAAGCUGCAGGCGGCUGCGACCCUCGCCGAGGUCGCCAACGGGAUUGAACCCUCGACCACGAAAGGGGAUGCGGCCCCUGUCACCCCGAAACCCCCCGUCAAGAAGGAUACGAACCAGUGGGUCGAUGUUGGUGUGAUCAAGGGCACGACCACCGUGGUGACCCAUUAUCACUUACCACCGGACGGUUCGCCUGCCAGAGACGAUGAUUCCACACCGAUGCCAGACUACAGCCAGAUGAAGCAGCAGGAGCUCCAGCCGGGCACUGCCUACAAGUUCCGGGUGGCGGGCAUCAAUGCCUGUGGGCGCGGGCCGUUCAGUGAGAUCUCCGCCUUCAAGACGUGUUUGCCUGGUUUCCCGGGGGCUCCGUGUGCCAUUAAGAUAAGCAAGAGUCCAGAUGGAGCCCACCUGACGUGGGAGCCGCCCUCCAUGACAUCGGGAAAGAUUAUCGAGUACUCGGUGUACCUCGCCAUCCAGAGCACCCAGUCGAUGGAGCUGAAACCGAGCAGCCCAGCGCAGUUGGCCUUCAUGAGGGUGUACUGUGGGCCCAACCCUUCGUGCCUGGUCCAGUCGGCCAACCUGUCCAACGCCCACAUCGAUUACACCACCAAACCUGCCAUCAUCUUCAGGAUAGCAGCCAGGAACGAGAAAGGGUACGGUCCCGCCACGCAGGUCAGGUGGCUCCAAGGUAGGUUCGGAAACAGCGCCUGCGUUACCCCACUCGCUCUCCUCCAUUAUCCCCCCCGCCUUCGCUCUUUAGUCUUUAAGUUAGCAAUUAUUGAAGUGAAUGAGCGGAUCCCAGCAACUAUCAUGAGGGGACAGUGA